AUGAGUCGCCGUGCACACCAAGGUAGUUUGAAAUUUUUUUUCUCAUGGCGAGGACCAGUUGGGUGGGCCCAACGGGUUGUCGUCGUCACCGAUGCUGCUGUCGGUAGUGAUGGUGUCAUGGUGGCUAUCGAGGCAGUUGCUGCCACGAAUUGCGUUUUUUUUUCUUUCUUCACUCAAAGCAAUGACCAGCUGGGUGGGCUCCAAUGGUUAUCAUCGUGA